AUGUCAUCACCUACUACAGAUAAUAUGGAUAAUAGAAAUAAUGACCGUCUCCCUCCAGAAAUCCUAAAACAAAUAUUUCGAAACAUUUACGGUUUUAGUGGAUAUUAUCGUGAUGCCUCUUCAAUAGGUGCCCUCUAUAAUUGCCUUUUGGUUGAAGUAAUUUCUACCUAUAUGCUGUGUUUGGAAGAUGAGGAUUUGAGGGAGAUCGAACGAGCUGGUAUUAGAUUGGAUAAGGCCGGAAUUAUUUUGGAUUCGGAUAAUAAUUCUAUUGAGUGGGAAAGUUCGGAAAAUUUGGAAAUGUUGAGACUUGAAAAAGAAAAAUUAGAAAGACAUCAAAAAGAAGAAUUGAGAUUAGAAAAAAAUUCUGAAACUCAGAAAAGAUUAGAAAGCAACGUUUCUUCUUCAACUAAUUCUAUAGCUUCAACCUCUAUAAAUCCUAAAAAUUUUACUGAGUCGAUUUCUCCAACUUCAAACAACAAACAUGAAUUAGUAUUGAAAUCCCUUUUGAAAUUGUUUGCUGAUAAACGAGCUCAGAUAACAUAUUUCUCUAUGAACAACGUGCCUACUUUAUUGCUUAACGAUAAUUAUUUUGAGAAUUUAAGAACAAUAAAUUUUGGUACGGUAUUGAUGGAUACGGGUAUACGACCAUUAUUCGAAGGUAUUCGAUACAUGAAUUUGGAAUGGGAUGCUUUGUCGUUGGAUGGAUUUUUAUAUGCUCUUGGGAAUGUUUGCAAGAAUUUGGAUUCCUUGUCAACAAAUUUUGCGCAUGACCCAGUAUCUUCAUCUCUAUUUUUAAACAAACAACAAGCCACCGAUCUAGCAAUAUUUAUUUGUUCUCAAACUUCUCUAUCCUCAUUCAUUCUCCAAAAUUAUCAAUAUUUCACCAAUUAUUUUUUGGAAUCCUUAAACACCCAGAUUAACUCCUUAAAACGACUCGAAUUUUAUGCCGUAGACUUUGAAGGUUGUACUUUUGAAGUGGUGGCAAGUUGUAAACAAUUAGAAUAUUUAAUUGAAGUUAUGGAUUGUAGUAGAUUUAUCGAGAAACAGACAAUUUAUGAUGAUGAUGAUUUUGAAAUUCCGGAAAGUCCUAAAA